AUGGCUUUUGGUGCUGUUGGUUGUCUUCAGCUGACAAUUGAGCGCCUUUUAAAUUCUUCUCAUAUUUCCAUUGUUCAAAAUUCAUCCCCGCAAAUCAUUAACCUUCUGUACGAACACAUUCUUUCCUUACGAGAAGCUCUCAGAGAAUUCGAUGCAAGGAGGAGCACCAUCAACAUGAAGACGGUGAAGAGUUUGGAGGCGGAAAUGAUAGACGUUGUAUACCGAUUUGAAAAUGUGCUUGAACCCCAUCUCUCGAAUCAGUUGCAUUCACAAUCUGAAGAAGAAAAAGAGACCGAUCAUCCUCCUUUACUGUCAUUCUCAGUAGACGUGGAGGAAAUAAAGCAAGAUGUCGAUUCAUUUAUCGAAACGGUGAACAAAAUGAAGAGUGCCUACAUUCACGAGCUAUGCAACCCUUCACCCGAAGAAGAUGACGUUGUCCCGUCAAGAAUUGAUUUUGAUGGAAAUGAUCACUCUAACAUGGUCGGAUUAUCGGAUCUAUUUAUGAAAAUCAAAGAUCGGCUUAAUUCCUCACAACCUGAAGCGAUGAUUGUGACUCUCUUUGGGAUGGCAGGCAUUGGUAAGACUAUUAUUGCCAAGAAACUCUUUCAAGAUCCAUUCAUUGUGAGUCAUUACAGCAAGCGUGUGUUUCUCACCAUAGGCCCAAAAUAUCGAUUAUAUGAUAUCCUGGUAGAUAUUAUAAGGCAAUUGAAUUCUGGCAUUGAUCUAAUAAUGCCUACGGAAACAGAAUCAUCAUUAGCAAGAUUCAAAAGUAUUGUGUUCAAAAGUUUACAAAAUUCAAGAUACUUGAUGGUGUUAGACGAUGUAUGGGACACGAGGUUGUUUUACAAGUUAUAUCCAGAGUACAAAAAUGGAAGUCGAGUAUUGGUGACUACUAGGCUAAGAGAAGUAGCUGAAUCUGCUAACCAUGCUAUCGAAAUACCGUUCCUUAAUAAGAAAGAGAGUUGGGAGCUUCUCCGUGAAAAGGUGUUUGGUAGAGAAUCGUGCUCUUAUGGAUUCGUGAAAGCUGGAAAAAAGAUUGCUGAGAAUUGUGAAGGUCUUCCACUUACAAUAGUUACAGUUGCCAACAUCCUUAUUGAAGCUGAGAAGACUUUGGAAUACUGGAACAAGGUAGCUGCUGAGAAACAAAAUUCAGUUUACAAGGAUGCAUAUGAUCAAAUGUCAAACGUACUAUAUCCAAGCUAUGACUAUUUACCUCAACAUUCAAAAGCGUGUUUUCUGUAUAUGGGAGCUUUCACACAAAAUUAUGAGGUAACUCCAUACCAACUGAUCAACCUGUGGAGUGCUGAAGGAUUUCUUAACUCCAAGCCAGUGCCUUACUUAGAGUCAGGCAUGACUUCCCCAUAUAAUACUUGUUUCCAUGAGCUUUCUUUAAAAAAUGUUAUCAUGUUCAACCCAGUCAAACACACAUUUUACCUUCAUUCGUCCUUUUGGUACCUGUGUAACAAAGAAGCUGUCAAGACCAAGUUGUUCUAUGCCUUAAAUUGUCUUGCCGAUGCUUUACCGGAAGAAGGUCUAAACUACCAUCGUCGUUUGUGCAUACGAAAUAAUGUUCUGCUUGCCAUCGAAGAUGUGCGCAACUCGAUUGCAUCUGCUUCAGCGGUACGUUCUCUCCUCUUAACUGGUGAUUUUCAUCAAUAUCCAGUACCAUUGUGUUUGGAACAAUUAAGGUUGCUCAGGGUAUUGCACGCUUAUAGAGUCAGAUUGUAUGAGUUCCCGAUGGAAGUGGUGAAACUAGUUCAGCUAAGAUACCUCGACCUCACUUAUGAUGGACACCUCCCUACUUCCAUAUCCAAACUCUGGAAUCUUCAAUGCUUGAUAAUUUAUCAAUAUCAAACCAUCAUGAAUUCAUCGUAUUUGCCUAUUGAGAUAUGGAAUAUGAAAGAUUUGAAUUAUCUUCACACCUGCGGAAGAGACCUACCACAUCCUCCUAAUUGUGAAGGGUCUCUCCUACCAAAGCUCUUAAUAUUAGGUGGUGUCGGUCCUCAAAGUUAUACCAAAGAUGUGUUUGAAAGAAUUCCUAAUCUGAAGAAAUUAGAGAUACAAAUUGCACUGGGUCCUGAUGGUACUGAGCCCCUGAGCUGCUUGGAUCACAUUUCCCAUCUCUCUCAACUUGUAGAUCUAGUAUGUGUCAUUCUGAAUCCUGUACUGAAGACGGGGGUUGUUACCCCACUUGCUCCUCUUUUGUGCUUCCCAUCAAGUCUUACAACAUUAACUUUGAGCGGCUUAGGAUAUCCGUGGGAAGAAAUGAGCAAGAUUUCUUCAUUGCCAAAUCUUACAUAUCUCAAAUUGCAAUGGUAUGCCUUUCGAGGCCCAAAGUAG